AUGAGGAAUAAACAGUUUGAGGCGUAUAGAACUAUUGUUGAGGAUGGCAAAGAGACUAUACUUGCGUUUGAAAACGAAAAGAUUAAAAUUCAGUGCAAGUCAAAUUUUCCUAUGAUUUACUGUGGUUUUGUGAGUCCUUCCGGAAAGCGUUUUUCUUUCACAGAGUUAAGCGUACACGACGGUCAAUGUGUCCACGAAAUUAAAGCAAAGAAGUCUGACAAUGGCGAGUGGAAGUGUCAUAUAGGAAGUAAGGCAGCUCGUUUGGAGAGUAUCAAGAAGAUACAGGUGCGCGUCGUGAACCAGCUGGCCGCGGUUCAUCCGAAUGUCAGUACGGAGAUAGGAAAAUCAGCGACGCUCUCGUGCGCAACCACUGCAGGCUAUGUACCGUUGAGCUAUUGCCGUUUUGAGCCUCCGAGCGGCAAAUCGUUUAGUAUAGAUUCGUCCGUGACAGCAGAGAAUCCAAUAUUGAAGAAAUACUACUAUCCGAAUAAUAGAAGCCUGGAUAGAGGAGACUGUUGUGUGACAAUACAUAAGGUGAAACCUGAAGACCUGGGUCUGUGGACAUGUGGCGCCGGCUUAGGAGAUGGCAACGAACACAUUGACACUAUCCUACUUGAUGUUGACGGCAUGUACACAAUGUCCACGGCAUCUACAACGGCUGUAUCAUUCGGCGUCAUAAUUAUAGCAGUCACUCUAAGUCUCCUUGGUUACCUGGCGUGGAAGAAACGUGUUCUAUUAGGCGCAGCACCGCAACCCGAAAUUGUAGAAAUGGAAGAAGUGCAACCACCCAGGCAGAUUCCUUCGGUGGUGGUGCAAUCGCCAUCUUCAGCUGGUGGCGCAGAGUCCCCAUUAAUGUCAAGUACACAUUCAGAUUAA